AUGGAAAAAAUUGAAAAAGGUAGACUUGCAAAAUAUAUCUUUCGUCAUUUUGAUAAAUUAAGCGAUUUAAAAAAAAUAAUACUUAUUGAAGAACUUAGAAAAAAAAUUUAUUGUGAUACUAUUCCUGAUAAAUGUUUGUUAAAUCUAAGAUAUGAACAACUUCUUUCAGUAUUAACAAAUGAUAUGAUAAAAAGUUUUGAUCAAAAAAUAUGGAUAGAUUUUUUGUUUAAUUGGAUUGAAUAUAAAGGAAAUCAAAGAUUAGAUAUAUUAGGUAAAAUUCUUAGAAAUUUACCGUAUAAAACUAUGUCACAAGAAUUUAUAAAAGAACAUAUUAUACAGAAAAAUCGAAUACAAAAUGAUAAACAUCAUAAAAUAUUUAUGUAUAGUAUAUUAUGUAUAAAAAUGAAUGGAAUUAAAAUAAGUAAAGAAAAAAUAAAUUUAUUGCAAGAUAGUUUAAAAGAAUCUUAUAUAGCGGCUGAAAAGGAAGAAUAUACAACUUAUUUUCAAGAUAUAUUUGAUAAAAAAAACCAUUACAAUACGUUAGAAUAUGAAGAUGAAAUACAAAAGUUAAUAAAUCAUUUUUCUAAUACCCAAAAAGAUGCAAAUAAUCAAAAAGAAGUUAUUACAAAAGAGUUUAUUGAAAAAAAUAAAAAUACUCCUUUAAAAUAUGAUGUAGAAAAAGUUUUUGUUUUUCAAGAUGUUUUUGAAUCUAAUCAAAUAAUAAAAAAUUUUACCUUUAAUCCAUAUGACAAAAAAUUUUCACCAAUAUCUUAUAUGAAUGAUGAUACUAGAACUAGGUCAAGUUCAUUAAUUAUAAACAAAAAAAUAUUUCUUAUCAAUGGAUAUAAUGAUUGUACUACAAAAGGAACAAAUAAAGAUUAUGUUAAUUGUUAUGAUAUUACUAAAAACUUAUGGGAAAAAAAUGUAUUUAAUACAAAAACAAAAACAAGAUAUAAUUCAUUAAUAGUUAAAGUUCCAAGCAAUGAUUAUCAGGGAUAUCAAAUAGGUGGUAUAUAUGAAGAUGGUGAUAUUCCUGGAGAAAUUAAAUUGUAUAACUUUGAAAAUUUAAAAGUUUAUACUUCUUUCGAUAUAACAAGUUACAAUUUGUGUAAUAUUCAAAAUGGAAUAUUUAUAGAUAAUGCAUAUUAUUUAUUUGAACACAAAUCACAAUUUAAUCAUAAUUCAAUGAUUAUAAGAUGGGAUCCAAGAGAAUCAUUUUCUAAUUGUACAUUUGUCAAUUUUAAUAUUUUAAACAAUUUACAAUCUAGUUAUUCAUUAGUAAAUUAUGAUAAAGCAAUUUUUAUGCUUGGAGGAAAAGACAAAAAAGGACAACCAUUAGAUGAUGUUAAAUUAUUUGAUGUUCGAAAUUUUAAAAUAAAUACAUUACUUAAAAUGCCAUCAAAAAGAUAUAAUCAUUGUUGUUUUGUUUAUAAAACAGAUAUAUAUGUUUUGGGAGGUAUAACAAAUAAUAAAAAUGAAGAUAAAAAUAUAGACAUAUUUGAUAUUAAAACAUUUAAAUGGACGAUUUCUGGAACAAAAUUACCAAUUUCAAUGAAUUCAUUUACAUCGGCAUAUUAUCAAACUUGA